GCUUUUCUCAUACUAUAUAGGGAGUGAAAUGAUUGUUUAGAACUGCUGGUCACUGUGGAUUAUCCCUCAAAUAACAAAGGAACUUCAAGAUUUGUGUCCAAGUCCAUGUUGAUGGUCGGGAUAAACCGGAAGAACGUCAAACCACUUAGGAGAUGUGUGGCGGCACAGCGAAGACCACAUACCAGCCAGGGGGCUGGCAAGAUUCUGCCAGAUGUGUGAGUGAUGCCGUUUCUGGUGCUGGGAGGAUUUGCAAGACUCUUUUAUGCACAAAGAUUCGAAAACAUGCAGGGGUAGGAAGGAACACUGAUCUCAAGGGACUCCACAACAGUUGGUCAUGUUCGGAGUUUGACCUGAAUGAGAUUCGCCUGAUAGUUUACCAGGACUGUGAAAGGAGAGGCAGACAAAUCUUGUUUGAUUCUAAAGCUGUUCAAAAGAUUGAAGAAGUGGCAGCUCAGAAAACAGAGGAUGUCCCUAUGAAAAUGUCCCCCAAGUGCUGUCAAGGAAGCAGCAGCAUCAGCAGCAGCAGCAGCAGCAUCUCUUCCUAUGGUUCUUCCGGGGGAUCUUUAUACCACGCUAAGGAGCAGCUUCCAAAGUACCAGUAUACAAGACCAGCUUCUGAUGUCAACAUGUUAGGGGAAAUGAUGUUUGGCUCAGUUGCAAUGAGUUACAAAGGCUCCACCUUAAAGAUACACUAUAUACGCUCUCCUCCACAACUGAUGAUUAGUAAAGUCUUCUCUGCUAGAAUGGGCAGCUUCUGUGGAAGUACAAAUAACUUGCAAGACAGCUUUGAAUACAUCAACCAAGAUCCUAAUUUGGGAAAACCGAACACAAAUCAGAAUAAUUUGGGUCCUUGUCGUACUGGAAGUAACCUAGCACACAGCACACCAGUUGACAUGCCAAGCAGAGGGCAGAAUGAAGACAGGGACAGUGGCAUUGCUCGAUCAGCCUCUCUAAGCAGUCUUCUGAUCACGCCUUUCCCAUCUCCAAGCUCCUCUACAUCCUCUUCCAGCAGUUACCAGCGCCGCUGGCUUCGAAGUCAGACAACAAGUCUGGAAAAUGGCAUCUUUCCAAGGAGGUCAACUGAUGAGACAUUCAGCUUGGCUGAAGAAACCUGUAGUUCUAAUCCAGCCAUGGUUAGGAGGAAGAAAAUUGCCAUAAGCAUCAUCUUUUCCUUGUGUGAGAAAGAAGAGGCACAAAGGAAUUUCCAGGACUUCUUUUUUUCUCAUUUUCCCCUGUUUGAAUCUCACAUGAACAGGCUGAAGAGUGCAAUUGAAAAGGCCAUGAUCUCCUGCAGGAAAAUAGCAGAAUCAAGCCUCCGCGUCCAGUUUUAUGUCAGCCGUCUGAUGGAAGCUCUGGGGGAGUUCAGAGGAACUAUCUGGAACUUAUAUUCUGUUCCAAGGAUAGCUGAACCUGUAUGGCUUACCAUGAUGUCUAGCACUUUGGAAAAAACCCAGCUCUGCCAGCGCUUUCUCAAGGAGUUUACACUUCUAAUAGAACAGAUCAACAAAAACCAGUUUUUUGCUGCCUUAUUGACUGCAGUGUUAACCUACCACCUGGCCUGGGUACCAACGGUCAUGCCUGUGGAUCACCCUCCCAUUAAAGCCUUCUCGGAGAAACGCACCUCUCAGUCAGUGAACAUGCUGGCGAAAACACAUCCAUAUAAUCCACUCUGGGCGCAGCUGGGUGAUCUUUACGGAGCCAUAGGUUCUCCAGUGAGACUGACUCGCACCGUGGUGGUAGGGAAGCAGAAGGAUUUGGUCCAGCGCAUACUUUAUGUCCUCACAUACUUUCUCCGUUGCUCUGAGCUACAAGAGAAUCAGCUGACCUGGAGUGGGAAUCACAGUGAAGGUGACCAAGUUUUAAAUGGGAGCAAGAUUGUAACAGCCUUGGAGAAAGGAGAGGUGGAGGAGUCUGAGUAUGUGGUCGUUACGGUGAGAAAUGAGCCUGCUCUCGUACCCCCCAUUCUACCGCUAACGACUGCCGAGAGAAAGAACCCCCAGCGUGCAGGGUUACCGGAGACCCUGGAGGGCACUGACAUCAGAGACCUGGGUCCCAAACCUGACAAGGAAGGAAGCAAGAGGGCAGAGCAGAGUUCUGAGGCUUGUAGCAUGGGAUUCCAAGAGGCAGCAUUAGACAGUUCUUGGAAACUUGAGGGUGCAUUUUGUGUGGAUGAAGAAAGUAUAAAAGAGGCACCACAAGAUGGCUCUUCAAGAUUUUCCAGCUGCAAAGGUCUGGGGACAGGAAUGAAGAUCCACCAACAAACUUCCAGGGAGCAGUUGAAAGGGGAGAUGCCCAGGAAACUACCAGACCGGUCAGCGGCCUGGCCUUGCCCCGACAGACAUUCCCGUGAGAGGCCUCCUUUAGAAAAGGUCACUUUCCAGAUUGGAAGCUCCGCAUCUCCAGAGUCUGACUUUGAAAGCCGCACAAAAAAAAUGGAGGAGCAGCUAAGGGCCUGCAGACAAUGUCCAGAGUCAGCCAGUCCCUCAACCGAGCCCAGGGCAGCCACUGACGUGGCUCAGGACCCACAGGUUUCUAGGUGCUUCUUCAAACCUGGCUUUGAAAAGAAUGUCUGCUGUCCUCAGUAUCAGUGUUCUGAGGGGGAUGAAGGUGAGUCUGACAGGGGUUUUGCUGAGGACAGAGGCAUCAGAACCGACACCACGACAGAUGCUGCUGGACAACUCAGCCACACCGCUGACUCGGGUGCACCUGCUGACACUGCGGCAGGAACUGGAAGGGGGACGCUGGAGAAAACGCGAGGUUUGUAUUUGAAGGCUGCGGAAGGACCUCUGUUCGAGCCUGUUGCAGACAGGUGUGUCCAGCAGGACUCUGGCCUCUUGGUUGCUGCAGAUGUCCCCUGUGGGGAUGACGACAAGAAGGCCGACUUCAGGAUCGAAGGAGACAUUCCCAGGAAUGAAAGUUCUGAUAGCGCUCUUGGAGACAGUGACGACGAAGCAUGUGCUUCAGCCACACCAGAUCUAGGUCACAGUGAUGACAGGACCGAAGGGUGCUUGGAAGUGGAGCUGCCCCUGCCAAGGUCUCAGAGCAUCAGCAUCCAGAAUGUAAGAAACUUUGGCCGAUCACUUCUGGCAGGUUACUGCCCCACGUACAUGCCUGAUCUCGUACUUCAUGGGACCAGCAGUGACGAGAAGCUGAAGCAGUGCCUGUUGGCCGACUUGGUCCACACAGUUCAUCACCCAGUGCUUGAUGAGCCGAUAGCUGAAGCCGUCUGUAUCAUCGCAGACACGGAUAAGUGGAGUGUCCAGGUGGCCACGAGUCAGAGGAAAGUGAUGGACACCAUGAAACUGGGCCAGGACGUCUUGGUGUCCAGUCAGGUGUCCAGUUUACUCCAGUCCAUUUUACAGCUUUACAAACUUCACCUCCCUGCAGAUUUUUGCAUCAUGCAUCUUGAAGAUAGACUACAGGAGAUGUACCUUAAAAGUAAAAUGCUGUCUGAAUAUCUUCGGGGACACACACGAGUCCACGUGAAAGAAUUAGGUGUUGUACUGGGGAUUGAAUCCAAUGACCUGCCUCUGUUGACUGCUAUUGCCAGUACACAUUCUCCUUAUGUGGCUCAAAUACUCUUAUAAGCUAAAGCUCAGGACAGUUCUUCCUUGGAAGAAAAAAAUCAAAUUCUCAACUGAAGGAGAAAGGAAUAAGCUCUCUGUGACAUCAAAAGCAUAAGAAGAGCAAACAGUCAUUCCACCUUUUUGUUUUGUGUUUUUGUUUUCAAGCAGUUGCUUCAUUGGAAGCCUUAGGUUUACUUGACAUAAUGGCAUUUGUGAUUGUCAUGAACACUUUAGGCCUUUUGUUACCCAUGAAUCAACAGCAAGAGUGACCUUUUUGGUAGGAGGAAACGUAAGCACUACACAAAACACUAAGCUGUUGCUACAGAUUGCCUUGUGCUGUUUAGGCAGAGGAAGAACCAGUGACUUUGGAGCAGGGAGGUAAACAAUGUACAUAACAUUCCAGUAGGAAACCAUGUCCAAGUUUAAGCAUGAGCACCCCAAACUGGAGAAAGUGUAUUUUGCCGUUCUGAGAAGACAGAACAAGGACUUUGGAUUCCAGAUCGGAGUUUGCUUUUUACACAAGGUGAAAUUAAGAAAGCCACAUUGUACCAUCUUCAGCUCUGGUGGCUGCAGCAGUUACUGUUUGACAUAUACCAUGAAAGAGGAUUGCCUGUUGGAAAGAGAGUGCUUUUGGAACCCACUGUUGUCAUUUCUUCUUGGAGUUUACCUUGUCUCAGAUGUAGCCACAGGUAGGUCAGAGAUGGAUUAUUGGUGCAAUAAACCCAAGAAUCAAUGUAGCAUCCUAAUCCCAUCAAGAUGUAGUUUGUAGCAGCAAAGUGUACAGUCUGAAACCAUAUGUUAUAUCCUUCUACUUCAGAGCUUUCAGCAGCCUUUUUAAGAGAGGCCAUUUACCAAAGUUAUUUCUACAAGCUCAAGAGUGUUUCUGUUGGUAAGUUCUUCCAGCUGAAGCCACUUUCUUCUUAGCAUAGUUAAUACAAAUGACUAUUUAUACUUUGAAAGGCACAGCUGUCCUAGUGGGAAAUGAAACCUGCAACAGUUCAGCAUGACUAGUGGAAGCAAUUAGUUUGAACAUUUAGAAACAAUUCUUAUAUGAUCUAAAUUUUUACAUUAUCGUUGCUGUGCCUUCUAAUCCCUACAUCCUUUUCAAAACAUCUUUCAGGAAAUUAAUUUACCCAUUGUAUAAAACCUACCAAAAUGAAUUAUUUUCACCCAGUUUACUUUUUAAAAAAACCCAAACCUUAAUUUUCUAUUAAUAUAAAAGAAACUUUA